GGGAUAAGCGUGUGCGUACCCGGUGGGUGGAGCUAAAGGGGGUGUGAAAGAAAUGACCACAAAUGUCCAAUUUCGGCAGUUUGCAUGACGUUUGUUGUAGCUAUGAAAUUCUCGCGUGGCUAAUGUUCGGGGAAUAUAUUCCGAUUUGAUUUAUAGUCCAUCCGCGUUUGGCAAGGAAGCUCGCAACGGCUCAGUGUUGGCAAUUUAUCAUCUUUCUCUUCUUUGAACUUUUCCACUUUCUCUAGCUAAAUUAGGUUGUUAAUAUAUGUAGCAAACAUCUCUUUCUUUUCGCUUAAUAAUGCAGGUAUGCAUUUAACUGGCUAUAUCGUUUUGUAGUAUGCAUGAAAAUGCAUCUUACUGACCAUGUUUUGGUUUGAUUGUCAGCUAGCUAACAUGAUGCAUGUUAUUUAGCUAGCCUAGCAGAAGCAGGGAUUUGACUGCGUACCCUGUCCUGUCAGCUAGCUAGUUGUCUUUCUAGUGCGCUUGGCAUUCCAUAGUACACAUUGGAAAAAAUAGCACCAACAUGUAUGCAAGUCGCAAGAGGAAAAAGCCCCAGAGAAGUGUGAAGCCACCUCCAGAAGGAGCCAAAUCAAACCCUUCCAAGAGGCACCGGGAACGCCUGAAUGGGGAGUUGGACAGGCUGGCCAGUCUGCUUCCUUACCCCCAGGAUGUCAUCUCCAAGCUGGACAAACUGACCAUCCUCAGGCUUUGUGUCAGCUACCUGCGUGCCAAGAGCUUCUUCAAUGUGACCCUACAAUCCACAGCCUCCCAGCGCCCAGAGAGUAAUGUUCUGAAGAAGAAAGAACUUCACGUUCCAGAGGGAGAGCUCUUACUACAGGUGUUGAAUGGCUUUGUUCUGGUUAUCACGGCUGGUGGCACAAUCUUCUAUGCAUCCUCCACCAUCCAGGACUACCUGGGCUUUCACCAGUCAGACGUCGUCCAUCAGAGUGUUUAUGACGUCAUUCAUAUGGAGGACCGAGCAGAGUUACAGAGACAGCUCCACUGGGCCCUGAACACCCCUAACACCGGACAGCUGGUCUCAGAUUCAGCCUCGCCACAGGCUGUCACAGCCUACAAGCCAGAGGCACUCCCACCAGAGAAUUCCACCUUCCUGGAACGCAACUUUGUCUGCAGGUUAAGAUGUCUCCUGGACAACUCCACUGGCUUCCUAGCCCUGAACAUCCAGGGGCGUCUAAAGUUCCUCCAUGGCCAGAGCGAUAGGACAAAGGAGGGCAAGGCCAUCCCGCCUCAGCUGGCUCUGUUCGCCCUGGCCUCUCCCUUACAGCCCCCCACCAUCCUGGAGAUCCGCACCAAGAACUUCAUCUUCAAGACCAAGCACAAGCUGGACUUCACCCCCAUUGCCUGCGACGCCAAAGGGAAGAUGGUGCUGGGUUACACUGAGGCUGAGCUGUGCAACCAUGGCUCAGGAUACCAGUUCAUCCAUGCUGCUGACAUGCUGCACUGUGCUGAGAACCACAUGAGGAUGAUAAAGACCGGAGAGAGUGGGAUGACAGUAUUCAGGCUGCUGACCAAGCUGACAGGCUGGGUGUGGGUGCAGGCUAACGCCAGACUGGUCUACAAGAACGGACGGCCUCAGUGUAUCAUCGCAUCCCAAAGAGUCCUCACUGAUGAAGAGGGAGAGGACAACCUAAGGAAGCGGAGCCUCCAGCUGCCUUUCAGUUACACCACUGGGGAGGCUCUUCUCUACAACACCAGCUUCCCCAAGACUCUGGUAACAGGGGACUCCUUAGCAGGCGACACCACCAGCCCUGCAGGAAAUAUCACCAACAACAACCAGGAUGGAACCCUGGACCCUGACUCACUGCUGGGCUCUCUGCUGAAACAGGACAAGUCCAUCUACUGCUGCUCCCCUCACACUCAGAACGAGCUCCAACUCCCUCUCCAACUCCAGGAGGAGGUGGCAGGGGUUCCACAGGGGGAUUGUGGGGGCAUCUUCUCCAGCAGCUGGCAGGAGGGCAGCAUCCGCUCUCUGUCGGAGAGUGUCCUCUUCAAGCAGGAGCCGUUGGGGGUCGGGGGUGGCGGGGGGAUGGACGGCUUCUCAUCGGAGGACAGAGACAGGGAUUUGUGGAGCUUCAUGAUGAACCUGGGCAUCAGUAGGGAGGAUCUGGAGCUGUUCCAGCAGGAUGAGAUGUUCCUUGAUGUGGAUCUGGACACUGGCCGAGACGACCUCCUUCCUGACCUGACAGACGAGAUUCUCUCCUACGUACAGGAGUCUCUGAGGAAGAGGUCGGACUGGGGUCAGACUGUAUUCUCUUGCAGGGGGGCUAAGUUAGGGGAACAGGACUAUAGCUGCCCUACCACGCUGUUACACCAACCAUCUAUGGAACAAUCACAAACCCCACAUCUACAUUCUACUACAGUUCCGUUACACCAACCAUCAACCUCACGACCACAUUCUUCUACAGUGCCUCAGUGUCAGUCACAGAUACAGCCACCACAGCUGCCUGUAGUCCAUCCCCUAUCAGUUCACCACUAUCGGCCUCCUCCCCACUACCCACAGCAGCCAAUACCGCAGCAGUGUUUACACACACAGCCCCACCCACAGGCAACACAGCAGCAGCAACAGAGCCAUCUAAAUGGACAGGUAUUGCCAAACCAACAGCAGCAGCAGCUGUGUAACAGACUGAAGCACAUGCAGGUGACUGGGACGGGUUCAAUAACACAAAGACAGAACGACAUCACCAAGCAGCAGCAGCAGAUUCCUCCAUUGUUCAAUGUGGAGCAGCCAGGGGGGCUCCAGACUCACCACGGCCACCCCCAGCAUGGGCACCUCUGCCUGGGGGAAGCUUCCCUGGGCCUCCCCUACAGGAACCAGCUGAACACUUUGUCUGUUAGCAGCUCUUCAGUGCUCUCCUCCUAUGUACCCACCACGGGCCUCCAGAGCCAGGGGGUGGACGGAGACCUCAUGCCCCAGAAUUUUGAGGAGUUGCUGGGCAGCCUGGAGUCCAGUGGUCCCCGAGGGACAGAGGAUGGUAGGGGAGCGCUCCAGUGGAGUGUGGUGGAGGCCCUGGGUGUGUUCCAGCAGCAGAGGCACCUCCCUGACGGCCUGGCUCAGUCUCAGGCCACCAGCCAGGGCUGCGCUCAGCAUGCCUAUCCCCUGGCUAUGGGGCUCAGCCAGGUCAAUAGAGCAGAGUGGCCAUUCACCACACAGUUCCAGAACGGGAGCCUGAAGGAGGCUGGUCCAGCCCCUGGCCCUGUACCCAACCCUGGGUCCUCCAGGGGGGCAGACCAUGGACAUGCAGCAGCGAAGCAGCCAAUUCACCAGCCCCCUCCUCCCUCUGCUGACCUCCCUCUGAGUGGAUUUAUGUGAGACUGAAGGCCCUCCUCCCUGGAGGCUCCAGAGCCAGACAUUCCAAGGCCAGCCAGCUGCCCCGGUCCCCCGGAGGGAGCAGAGCCCUGACUGACGACAGCGCCACACAACAGAGGCUAGAGGGAUAAGGAUCCUCCUGUCUGGCACCCAGCUGCACAUGGCUCCCCUGCGACCACUGACUGUUUCCCAAAUCGGCCCUUGUCAAAAGUAGUGCACUAUAUAGGGGAUAGGGUGCAAUUUGGGCUGCUGUCUUAAACAGGAACCAGGGCAUGUCUGGGAGUAUGGAGGACUUGGACUGGAGGGGUCCCGUGUGGAUCAUUUUGUUAGAGCUUGGCACUUGCAACGCCGGGGUUGUGGGUUUGAUUCCCAUGGGGGACCAGUAUGAAAAUGUAUGCACUCACAACUAUAAGUCGCUCUGGAUCAGAGCAUUUGCUAAAAUAAUCGAAUGUAAAAGUGAGAUUCAGAUCCAGAGAGACGUGUCUGAACGUCAGACAGCAGGCAGAGGGACAGUCCGAGACAGAGAGAUUGUGACAGACAGACGGAGGGAGACCAGAGGAAGUGGAUAAUCAAUCAAAUUUAUUUAUAUAGCCCUUCUUACAUCAGCUGAU